AUGGACACCAGCAAAGAGAAAAUACGCCAUAUUUUACAGUUUUUCUUCGAUAAAGGCGAAAACGCAAGCCAGGCUGAAAAUGUGAAUAGUGUUUAUGAUUCUGAUACUGUAACAGCCAAUCACGCGCAAUUUUGGUUUCGUCGAUUCCGUUCCGGUAAUUUUGAUGUCAAAGAUGUAUCACGCUCUGGAAGGCCAAUUGUCGAAAAUGUCGAUAAAAUAAUGGAAAUCGUCGAGUCCGACCGUCAUGUAAGCACUGUUUCGAUUGCCCAGGAGCUAAACAUUGCACAAAAAACCGUUUGGAACCACUUGAAUAAGGCUGGAUACAAAAAGAAGCUCGAUGUAUGGGUGCCAUACGAGUUAACGCAAAAAAACCUCAUGUACCGAAUUUCUAUCUGCGAAUCGCUGCUGAAUCGCAACAAAAUCAACCUAUUUCUGAAGCGGAUGAUGACUGGUGAUGAAAAAAAGAUGUCGUUAGUAGCAUUGCUCGUGUGUUUGAUAGAACGGCAAGACAUGUUUUUGAAAGAUGUAUGUCCAAAACUUUUGAGCCCAAUAGAUGGCAUUAGUUCGAAGCGUAACAAAGAGUAA